UCCUGAAAGCGAACCAACGUCCGACACAAAGGGUUACAGAAUAAAGACGACAAUAUGGGUGCCGUGUUCUCAUCGCUGAAGAACUUGAUGUACGGGAAGAAAGAGAUCAGGAUAUUGAUAUUAGGACUUGACAAUGCGGGCAAGACAACUCUCCUCUACAGACUCAAGAUCGGCGAGGUCGUAACAACAAUACCAACAAUCGGCUUCAACGUAGAAUCAGUAGCGUACGGCAAGCUCAACUUCAAUGUCUGGGAUCUCGGUGGCCAAACAUCCAUCCGCCCCUACUGGCGAUGCUACUAUGCGAACACUGCCGCCGUCGUCUUCGUGAUCGAUAGCACCGAUAUCGACCGUCUCCAGACCGCCGCCGAGGAGCUUUCUGCCAUGCUGAACGAGGACGAGCUACGCGACGCUGCGCUACUCGUGUUCGCGAACAAGCAGGAUCAGCCGGGCGCGAAGGGUGCCGGCGAGAUCUCAGAAGCUUUGCGCCUCGGCGAGUUGAAGGACCGCAACUGGAGUAUCGUAGCUUGCUCAGCGAUCGAUGGGCGCGGUGUCACGGAAGGCAUGGAUUGGUUGAGCUCAACUGUCAGCGCUGAGAGCUGAGUACGCAGGCAGAUAUAGCAACGUAGGUUGGGUUCUUGGGGACGCGGCGAUUGUUAUCAACAGCAUGGAGGCGUUACGGGCGUUUCGCAUCUCUCGUAAGAGGGGCUUACAACAACAACAAGGAGGGAAAGUGUCGAUUUAUCUAGACUUCAUGCGCGAGAGUUAUACAUGAAUUGGAAGUGCUCUGAUUCCAUGGCCACUUCUGGUGAAAUUUUUCGAGAAUACGUAUACGAUGAUGUACAACGCUUUAUCUACAGUACUUAAUCUUCAAUCCCAACAUAGAGACCUC